AAAUGGACUUGUUUAGUUUGUAUGAUAUGGAUCUUUCACACAACCAAUUGACUGGUUCUAUACCAAAGCGAUUUAGGGAUUUACCUGGACUGGAUUCUAUGGAUUUGUCUUUUAAUCAGUUAUCAGGAGACAUUUCAAAAAGUAUAGAACGUCUUAGGCCUAGAAAUACUUUAAGGCUUUGUUCCAACAAAUUCUCAGGAAGAAUUUCUACUGAAUUUGUAAAGUUGACAUACGAAGAGAAUUGCUUUGACGAGUCCAAUCUUUGUUCUACAUCCAACAACUUAUACAUCCCCGGCCUACCAAGCUGCUCCUCUGGUGAUGAGGUUCGAAAAUCUUCGAAACCAAAACACUUGAUUAUUCCUAUUGUAGGAGUUGGGGUAGCUACACAGUUAUCAUGGAUCUUUUACAGAACAAGAAAGCAUUGGUGGAAAACAAAGAAGCAGAAUGUCAAAGAUGACAUGAAGUUCAUUUCAUUUCAAAAGUUGAAGGUGACUACAGAAGACAUUUUAUCUAGCUUGAAAGACGAAAACAUAAUAGGAAAUGGAGGAUCAGGGAAGGUCUAUCGAGUUGUGAUCGACCAAACAGGCAAUACUUACGCUGUUAAAAGCAUAGGGCAUGGAAAAAAAUCAGGUGAAAGACCCCAAAAGGAGUUCCUGGCAGAAGUUAGAACACUUGGUAGCAUUCGACACAACAACAUUGUCAAGCUCAUGUGUUGCAUCUCAAGUGUAGACAGAAAGCUUCUAGUCUAUGAAUACUUUGAGAAACAAAGCCUCGACAAGUGGCUUCACAGAAAGAAAAGAGAAGCGUCACCCGGUCAAAGUAGUACCCCAUCCCUGGAUUGGCAAAAGAGAUUAAAAAUAGCCACUGGUGCAGCUCAAGGACUCAGCUAUAUGCACCACGACUGUACUCGACCCAUCAUUCAUAGAGACAUUAAGUCCAGCAAUAUACUUCUGGACUCAGAAUUCAAUGCAAAAAUAGCAGAUUUUGGACUAGCAAAAAUACUAUCCAGGCGGGAUGAUAAUCCUGAGACAGCUUCUGCUAUUGCUGGAACAUUUGGUUACAUUGCACCAGAGUAUGCCUCGACAUUCAGAGUGAAUAUAAAGACAGAUAUAUAUAGCUUCGGAGUGGUGCUAUUAGAAUUAACAACAGGGAGACAACCCAUUCUCAGGGAGGAGCAAAUGAAUCUGGCACAAUGGGCUCAACAGCGUUACAGAGAUGGAAAUUUCAUUGUUGAGGCCCUUGAUGAAGAAAUCAUGGAAACAAGUAAUGUGGAACAAAUGAGAGGUGUUUUUAAACUAGGACUGAUGUGUACUGGAGCAACACCAUACGGUAGGCCGUCAAUGAAGGAGGUCUGCAACAUUCUUCAAAGCUUCAGAGACACCAUAUUUUGAGAAAACAGAAUGUUUAGCCUUACAUGGAUAAAUGUAGUUGUAUUUUUUUAACAGAAUGAGAAAGUCUCAAUAGCCUCAGCUGGUUUAAGUGGUGUCAAACACAAGGGCUUGUAAGCUUUACCUUAGAAUGUAAUUCCUUGUUCAUAAUUGAGAUGUCGCGAGGCAAGAGCUAAGUGUCUUGGCAAUUACAGUUUAUGUAUAUAUCAUUCGGGAGAUUAGACAGAUUUUAAGCACACUGAGCAUUAAGGUCUAACAAUGCUUUAGGAAAGUAAUCAUGAUAUCCGCAUGGAGGUUAGAAUCAUAUCUUCUUCUUUUUUUAACUCUUCAGAACUCCCUAAGGAAGCUUUUGGAACUUACAGGUUUGAUGAACUGCAAAUGCCUUCUUUCAGAUAUAAAUCCUUCUCAUGAUACAUGGGGAUAAUCUUGUAGGAAGUCUAGUUCUUUUAGUUAAGUUGAAUGGGAUCGUCCAUUUUCGAAAAGGGGGCACAACUUGAAGGCAUAAUUGAUUGGAAAAAAAAUAAUCGAAAGAUAUAGGAGAGUGUUUUUUAAAUGAAUAAGUCCUUAUUGUAGUUGAGGAGAUGAUAAUCAACUUCAAGAAGAACUUUCAUCUCAAAAUACUAAAAAAAAGUUUUUCAUACUAUCAAUGUUAUUGAAUUGCCUCUGCAUAUGAAUAUACUUCAUAAUAAAUGUGGGACUUCUCACCGCGAAUCUGAAUUUAGUUAAACCUCAAUGCAUGUACCGGACAUUGGGUGAAAACAAAAAAGGAUAGUAUGAAAAACUAUCCCAAGUGUUGCAAACCUAUUAGCUGGAACUGUCCUCGCACUGAAUGUAGAAAUGCAAUAUUGAUGGCUCCUCUAAUGAAAAUCCAGACCCCAGAUCGUGGACCUUUUUGUAUCAGAGAUAUUAUGGGAGAGUUAAUUUAUGCUACUACUAAUGUCAUGAAUCAUGAUUAACACUACUAGCCUAUGUGCUGAGGCUAAAGCAAUAGAAAAGGAGUUGGAAUAUUCUGUGAGCCAUCAAUACAACCUCUUAUAAUAGAGACUGAUUCAACCAAGUUGCGGAUUUUUUAGCUAAUUAUGUGUUCAUUAUCAAUAUCUACUAUAUGAAGCAAAGAAAUUAUUGAACAUUGAUAAGCAACAAGUUCCCGGGUGAUAUUUUAAAAAAAAGGCAGGAACUAGCAACAAGAACAACAAGCAGGCUACUCAAUCAACUAUCACAAUAGACUAUCCAUACAAAAUAUACAAAUCUUCAUGAGUACAACCAGAGUAAUAACAAAAUACAGAUGGUGAAAUUAACUUGACAAAUCCUCCAAAUAUUUUCUUAUCAAAAGUGGUAUCAAUCUCAAACAAGGUUCAAUCUUUUGGGGAGGAAAUAUUAGAGGACUAUCUCGGGGGUUUUUGACACUUUACUCGCUUCUUGGAAACUAUUUUGAGGAUGGUAACAUGUUACACCCCAACUUAGGGAUGCAACUAGCACCUGGUGCGACACUUGACCCUGAGUCGAUCCUUGCUGGACAACUACGCUACCAACAUAACACCAGCCACAAAAUCAAAAAAACAAACAAGUAUAUUUCAACUUAAAAAUAAGGCCUCUAUCGGCAAGGACCCUGUCAACAUAAUCUUCAAUAAACUCAACUACUCCCAGCAAUUCAUAUAGAAUAGAAACUAAAUCAUUUAUUGCCCGUCAAGGUCACUGUUAUAUCUAGAAACAUAUAAACUGAACACAUAUAGUCAUAUAUGAUUAAGGCCAACAAGCCACUAAGCUAAAAGGGCAAAACAACAAGGCCAGCAUAGCCAACAACACACAUCUAUUCAAUCGAAAGUUUGCAAGCCUCUAAGAGUAAUAUACUUGGUCGGGACCCUUAUACUUCCUGUCCCGACCUACCUAUUAGUUGAAUAUGACAAAACACUA